AUGGAUACUGAAAUCGAUUACGGGCUCGAGAAUCGUCUGAUCGAGCCGAAGGAGCAGCCACAAUCAGCAGAGGUGGAAAUUCAGACGUUACUGCCAUCUGAACUUCUGCAAGAUGGCCUGCCUGACGACGAUGACGAUUGUGUCAUAUGUUACUUGACACUGUAUAGACCAGUGAGGACGGAGUGUGGUCACUCGGCUUGUGAACCGUGUAUGCUUCACUGGGCAAUAGCUGCAAUGGACAUCAAGACCGAUCAUUCCACUCUUCCCUCAAACUUGGCAGUGGACGGCAUCAAGUUCAAGUGUCCUACCUGCAGGACAUAUACGCAAGCGACAUUCGAUACUGAGCGGAGUGAAUCAUUGAAAUCUCGCCACCCCGAAGACUAUGCCUCCCGAGCAGCUGAGGUUGACGACAUUGAAGCGAGCCCUGACGACGAAUUCGGAACCCAGACCAUGCUCAUCAUGUUUGGCAACUCUCAUCGAAAGCUUACAUCGACUGCCGACUCUUCCCUCAUCGCCACGUCUGCGGAAAAAAAUACUCACGAAUGGACCUUUUUCGUACAAUCCUCCCGACAAGACCUCGUCGAGAAGGUUGACGUGAUCCUGCACCCAACAUACCGAGAAAACCGCUUGGUAACGCUCUCCCAUCCACCAUUCGCAACCACGCAUCAAGGUUUACAACUACGCGAAGGAUGGCAGUGGGUCGAUGAAGCAACGGCCGUAGAUAGUGACGCUAGUAAAAAUCGGUACAAAGAUCUGCUGCCUAUAGAAUGGGCUCUAGAUCUUCACGAGAACGGCCAGCAAACAAAUAGGCUUGUAAAGUUUCGGAAGAUUCAGCCGGAGAAAGGAAAGAUGAUGGACGAUCCUGUUGUGGACGUAGAAGAGGAAGAGGAGCUGGACUUGAGAACUCUGGCUGGAAUCAUAAGUGAAACUGAGAUCGAGCAACUCAGGCACACCAGAAGAUUUAAGAGAAGAGCGAGCUGA